AUGCCUAAGCACGUCUGUUUCAGUGUCACCAUUGUGAGGCAUGCCGAAACAGACCAAAAUGCUGCUCAUCCGCGUAUCUUACAAGGACAUUCAAAUCCCGGCAUAAAUUCGGAUGGUAUUAAACAAUCACAUGUAGUGGCCCACAGACUGAAAAAUCAACUAUUUACUCAUAUCUAUACGAGUGAUUUGCUAAGAAGUAAACAGACUGCCGAAAUCAUUCAGAAACAUCAUCCACAUGCCAAACUGACGGUCGACUCUCGGCUUCGAGAGCAAGAUAUGGGUGAUUUGACCGGCAUGCCUUGGAGAGACGCAAAAGCUGUCUUAAAGUCAGAGGACAGGUCAUUCGAAGAGCAUCUAUCUCAAAAUGGAGAAUCUGUGGAAGAUUUCACUGACAGAGUCGUCGAUUUCUACUCGGAUGUAGUCGAAAAGCACUUGUUGAUCCCUCAUCACGAAUUAUUGGAAAGUCUCGGGUUGAAUUCACCACUAUCUGCAAUUGAAGGAUAUGAUGCUGCAGCUGAUCCAGCAGCAUCGCUACCAAGUCCUCCAUCAUCAACAGACUCACCGACUUCAGCAACAUCAGCAAAGACCCGUAAAUUUCGUGCCGCCUCCAUAGUUGCUGGUCCAGCCAUCAAUGCAGCCAAAGCUGCUGCCCAAAAAGCUGCCGUAGCUGUAGGUUUAAUGACAUCGCCUACUAGAACCGAAGCCAACGGUAAAGCAUCAAACCCAAGUUCCCCAACAAACUCGAACGCAUCACCGACUUCUGCCACACCAUCGUCAUACUCAACAGCACCAUCUUCAGCAUCUAUCAAAUCACCCAUUAAUAACCUAAAGCAGAAUCAAAAGUUUGGGUCAACGCCAUUUUUAUCUCAACAACAGUCACAACAGCAAUCACAAACACCACCAGAACUAGGCAGCAUCCAAAACAUGUCCCUCACACAACAACCAGGCUUCUCAGCAUCAACAUCCGCACUAAACACAUCCAGAAAACCGCGCCAUCCACGAAUCCAACCAACUCAUAUCUUGAUUGUAACCCACGGAGGCUGGAUUAACAGAAUCAUGGACCACAUCCUCGACGAACUGAAAUUCAACUUGACGACCGACUACUCGAACGGCUUCCCCAAAAACACUGGACUAUACAGAUUCGUCAUUUCACAAGUAUUCAGACCUGAUGGCGGCGACUAUGAAUGGGAGGGUACUGUCACGCUCAUGAACGAUGUCAGUCAUUACGCUCAUCUGAGUAAUAAGGUUAGUAUGGGCAGUAUGGGAUUCCUGGGUCUGGACGAGAAAACUCAGAUACAGGCUGACUGGACUGCACCAAAGACUGACCCGGGUAGGAACUCGCCUACUGUGAAUAGAAAGAAGGCGAUGGCUGCUGCGCCAUCCAAAAACAGAUCAUUUGGCUGGUAA